AUGCUCUUGCCACCCUCGGAUCAUGGCCAGGAUUCCAGCCAGUGCACCAGAAGACCCCUUUCUUCCAAAAGCGGUGGUGGUAGUAGUAGUGGUAGUACCAGUACCAGCUGUAGAUAUUGUUGUUGUUCUUGUAGCAGCAGUAAUAGAGCUAACAGCACCUCUCUCCUCCCCACACAACAGAGGGUUCUGUUCGCCUGUGCUGGCGUGGUGCUUCUGGUGGGCGUGUGCUGUGGGGCGCCCGACCUGUCCUCCCACUCCUCCUUCAGCAACGGUAACGGAAGGAACGGCCACGGAGGAAACGGAGGCAACGGAGGAAACGGGGGUGGAUAUGGAAGCAACGGAGGAAACAACGGUUUUGGCAGCAACGGCAGCAACGGAGGCUACGGCGGUUCCACCGGUGGGUUGAACGGUGGUUCCAACGGCGGCUACGGAAGCAACGGAGGAAAUGGAAUAAACGGAGGAGGAAACGGAGGUUAUGGCAAUAAUGGAGGAAACAAUGGAGGAUAUGGAAGCAAUGGGGGAAGCAACGGAAGAACAGCCACAGGUUUUGCUGUCUUUAACCUCGGGGCGCCUCUGAGCAGCGGUUCCAACGGCGGCUACGGCAGUUCCAACGGUGGCUCUAACGGAGGCUACGCUGGUUCCAACGGCGGUUCCAAUGGUGGUUUCAACGGUGGUUCCAACGGCGGCUAUGGUGGUUCCAAUGGUGGUUUCAACGGCGGUUCCAACGGCGGCUUUGGUGGUUCCAAUGUUGGUUUCAACGGUGGUUCCAACGGCGGCUAUGGUGGUUCCAAUGGUGCUUUCAACGGCGGUUCCAACGGCGGCUUUAGUGGUUCCAAUGGUGGUACCAACGGUGUUUCCAACGGUGGCUAUGGUGGUUCCAAUGGUGGUACCAACGGUGGUUUGAGCGGAGGAUAUGGCAAGUAAAACAAAUGAUCCUGAAUAACAAACAGGUAACAGGAAGAAGAAUGACGAAAAAUAAUGUAACCCCCCCCCCCUCUCUCUCUCUCUCUCUCUCUCUCUCUCUCUCUCUCUCUCUCUCUCUCUCUCUCUGUCUCUCUCUCCCCCCCCACGUGUAUGUUUCUGUGUGUACGCUCUUGCGUGUGCACCAAGGCCAGCCGUGUAACCAUUACAGAAGGCGAAGAUGAGUCAAUAUUAAAAUGAUCAACAAAAAG